CAGAAAAUGUGUUGAACACGGAUACUUAAGAGAAACGAACCAUUGGAGAAACAUAGGCCCUUAGAGUUUUAGGAUGAAGAUGUUCCUUGUCUUCUUUGGUUUUUUAUCGUUUAACAAUUUAUAAAAUAGGUUCAUGACUUGAGAACUUACGUUUCUUUUUUUAUCCUUCUAAUUGCUGAUUUUAUCUGUUUAUCAGAUUCUAGGUCACCUUUCAACGAAUUUUUUUUUAUCACCAAAUCAUUAUAAUCUCGUAAGAAAACCACAUUUAUCAUGGCCAAAAGAUCGAAUAGACGUGUUGUGCAAAAUGAGAAAGAGCAGUUGGGCUGUAUGUGGGGCUUGAUUAGUAUGUUUGACUUCCGCCUUGGGAGAUCGACUCAGAGGCUGCUUUCUGAUAUAAGGCGUGGGAACAAGUAUGCAGAUGGUGUGGAAAAUUCGGGAAAUAAACUUAACAGUUCUGGUGACAAGUGUUCAAGAACUCAUGAUGGUGAAGAGAGAACAAAAGUGACAGAUGCAUGUAAGCCGAGUGUGAAGAAACUCCUUGAAGAAGAAAUGUUGGUAAAGCAAGCUGCGAGAAAGGAGUUAAUAAUUCUGCUGUUGAAGCAAAGCAGUUUGACUCGGUGCAAGAGACAAUGGGAGAAAGAACCGAAAAAGAAAAAACAAAACUCGUAAGAAAAGUUCUGGAAACAGCCUUGAUAUGGAUGCUGCUGAGAACAUGUUAUCUGAAGCUACAAGCAAUCUUGAUAUGGAUGGUCUAAUGAACGAGUUCUGUCGGCAAAUCCAUCGGAAAAGAAUGAAUCGUGUGAAUCAUGACCAGCUUGCUGAAGCUAAUAUGCAGUCAAACCCGAAGAGUUCUGAUUUGGAAGAAAGGUUAAGUGAGGCAAUCAAGUUCUUAGUGAGUCAGAAGCUUGUUGACAGGAAUCUACUUAACGAAGAUGGGGAACUCCAAGCCUCAAAAGAAGUCCUGGAUGCACUUCGAAUUUUGAGUUUAGAUGAGGAGUUGUUUUUGAAGUUUUUCCGAAACCCGAACUCAUUGCUUGUGAAAUAUGUUCACAACAUGCGGGAUUCUCAGUUAAAGGAUGAAGACUCUAAGCCUCUCACUCCAUCCAACUUUUCCAAGAACGGACCUGUUCGUUUAAGACAACCAAAUGAGCCUGUUAAUAGAAAACAGCAUAAUUUCUUUAGAAGAAAGCCGAAGGUUCAAGAAAGAGACAUAUCAGAUGAAAAAAGGGUUUUUGAAGCUUCUAGUAAAAUAGUAAUUUUGAAGCCUGGGCCAAUGACACCAGAAACUGGAAGCAGCCUCAGCUCAUCACCAGAAUCUCGGUACAUAGGAAGACAUAGAGGGCCGAAUGAGAAAGUCGGUUCCCACUUUCUUCUUGCUGAAAUCAAAGAAAGUGGAAACAUGCUAUGGGAAGGGAACAACAAAGAAUCCCCACUGAUUGUUUAUCCGGAAGACUUCCGGGUGAGCAACAAAGUUCAGUGAGCAACGGAGGAGUUAAGGAAUAUAUUGGGAUGA